AUGUUGGUAAGAGAAGUAGAUGACGGACAUGAUGGAUGGAAGAAGGCAUUCUCGGAUAGGGACGUUGCUUCUCUUGAUGAACAGCUUCAUUUGAGAGAAGGGUACACUAACUCAGUAGUAGUGGGUGUAGUUACUAGAAGUUUAAGGAGGCAACAGCAGGCGAACAUAGUUGGUCAGAUACCAACCGAACACGAGCAAGAUCAAAAUGAUGAUGAUGUUGUUGAAUCAACUGCUUCUGCUUUUGACCGAGCUAAAAGACACAAAUCUAGAGGCUCACAGCGAGGACCCUUAGUAGUUGAUUUAGAUUCAGGAGCAAGCAAAAAAGGCACACAGCAUCAAUCAGAACAAGCUAAUGUUGAGCUUAAUGAUUCGAGGAAGUCUAAUAAGGCUGUGGUGGCGGCUCCAGUAGAGGAACCAAAGUUUAACUGCCCAAUUUGUAUGUGUCCAUUUAACGAGGAGAUGUCAACAAAGUGUGGUCAUAUUUUCUGCAAAAGUUGCAUAAAGGAAGCCAUCUCUGUUCAAGCUAAAUGCCCUACGUGUAGGAAGGAUGUGACUGCUGAAGACCUCAUCCGAGUCUUCCUUCCAACCACCGAAUGAAUAAUGAAUACAGAAACAAUCUCCAGUUAAAAUUGUCUUAUCCACUCUAUCCUUGAGAAGAUUGGCUAGUAAAAGUGAAGACAUGUUUUUGUUCAUGAGUUGUUUGUUUGUAAUGUGAGUAACUCAAAACAUUUAAAAUCACUGAAGACUUGUUUUUUUGAUGAAUAUCAUCAUCAGAGUAUCUUGAUAAGCUAU